CAGAACUGUCAAAGCGAAAGAAGAAGAAGAAGAAGAAGAAGAAGUGGUAAGAGGUUACAAAAGCACGAGUACCGACUGAAACAUUCUGAUUGCAUUUCGACUCAAUUAAGUGGAUUUUUCAAGAAAAUGUUCCGUACAAUCAUAACACAAUUUAGAAAGCCGUUGUCGUCAUUCACAUCGGAUUUUUGCACCAAAGCACCCUUUCGUCGUCGAGAAAUCAACGAUGUUAAAAUUGUCGGAACAUUGGUGAACGAUUCUUAUGUACUUAAAUCGGGUACCAAAGCACUAACAGUUAAAACAAAGGAAUCACCAAUGAGAUAUUCAAAUCACAAUAUUCACAUCAACACCAAUGCAGAGUUUUCAGUCGGUCAACGCAUUUAUGUCAUUGGCAAAUUGAGAUCGACCAAUUUAGACACAGCCGAUGGUAAACGAUUGACCGUGUCAGUUGUUAAAGCACUUCAAUUAUACGUGCUAGAAAACGAAAGUGGAUCAGCCCAUUCAGCGAUUGAAGGCGAUAAAAACAAUGUGGAAAUUCUUGCAAAUAUUGGAUCUGAUGUUGUGGUCAAAGACAACCAUGCUAUAUUCACCGUUGUGACCAAUUUCACUAAAACAGCUGAAGACGGUGAAGAAUCAUCUGGAGCGCAUUACCAUCGAGUGUUUGCGUAUGACGAUCUUCUGGGAUACGUGAAGGCAAAUUUGAAGAAAGGAGAUCGAAUCCUGUUGAACGGUCGCAUCGGCCACAUGACAAACACCCAACCAGAUGGCAAGAAAUUUUAUUCCGGUUUUAUUGUUGCUGAAAAUAUUUUCAGAGUUGCACGACGAACAAAAGAUGACGCUGAAUCAAAUGAAAGUGCCAAAGUGGAGGCAGAAAAUUAAGCGGUAAUCGAUAAAAGAAAUCCAAAAUGUUUUAAAAUAAAAUAGAGACGAAAUAAAGCAAAAAAAGAGAAGAGAAAAACAGACAGAAAAA